AUGCGCCCAACUUCAAAGUCUCAGUUUAAUAAAAAUGUGAAGCAUCAACUAGAAACUUUGGAUGUUAUUAGAAAAGAUAAUACAACAUUAACUAUUUCAUUACCUACUCAAUGUAAUCCUAAUACUGCAAGUACUUUAUGUCAGUCAAAUUUUAUAGAUGUACAGAAUGAUUUCUGUGUACUAAAAACUAAUGUUUCUAAUGUAUCUGGUGACUCCUUACAACAUUCCAUUGAAAAUAAUGAUUUAUCUUUUUCAACAUUUGUAUCAACUAGUCCAAAAUGUAGUUCAUUAAACAAUUUUGUAAGUGAUAAUGUUUUGGGAAACUCAAAAAUACCUAUUCCUGAUCAUUUGAGAGAAUGGGCUAUUAGGAAUAAAAUUUCUCAUGUUGCUUUGAAAGAAUUAUUAUCAAUUCUUAAGGAAAUACCAGAUUUGAAAAAUAUUCCAAAAGAUCCAAGGACAUUUUUGAAAACACCGAGAGAAACCAUUUUGCGUGAUAUAAAUCCUGGAAAAUACUACCAUUUUGGUUUAGAAAAUGGUCUUAUAAAUAUGUUAAAAAAAGUAAAUGUUUCCAACAUUCCUGAUGUUAUUAAUGUUGCUAUUAAUAUUGAUGGAUUGCCUCUUAGUGACUCAUCACAAAGUCAAGUUUAUCCGAUCUUAUGUUUAUUAACUAAUGUUGAUAUUUUAUUGCCUUUAAAUAUAUUUUGUAUUGGUAUCUAUCAUGGGUAUGAUAAACCAUCAGAUUUUAAUGAAUUACUAGAAGAUUUUGUAAAUGAAGCCGUUAAUUUAACAUUAAAUGGUAUACACAUUAGUGAUAAAAAUUUUAGUUUCAAAAUGUCCAUGUUGUUAUUUGAUGCUGUUGCUAAGGCUAGUGUACUUCAAAUUAAAGGACACAGUGGAUAUUCUUCUUGUUCAAAAUGUAUGCAAGAAGGAGAAUAUUUAGAUCAUGUUGUUUUCCCUGUUAUAACAUUUACUAAAAGGACGGAUACUGAUUUUAUUAAUCAAACUGAUCCAGAACACCACACUGGCCAUACAAUUUUACAAAGAAUUCCCAAUUUAGGCCUAGUUACCGACUAUAUGCACUUGAUAUGUCUGGGAGUGGUUAAAAAGCUAUUAGUUAACACAUGGUGUUUUGGUCGACCUCCUCAUAAGUUACAAUCAAGAUCUGUUAAUAUAAUAUCUGAUGCAUUAUUAAACCUUAUUAAUUAUAUUCCAAACGAGUUCGUAAGAAAGCCCAGGCCUAUUAAAGAAGCUAAACGAUACAAAGCUACAGAUUUUUAUUAUAAUAUGUGUGCUGCUGGCUGGUAUGUGGUCAAAUUCAAAAAUGAAAAAAAUAUAAUUGAAGUGAUUCCAAGUAAUUGGAUCAGAAAUUUUGAAGAAUGUUUCUGGCCUUUAAAAUUUGGGUCAAUUAAAUUACAAACAGCUAUAAAAAACCGGUCAACUCCAGAAAAUGAUUGGAAACUAUAUCCAAUAAAAGUGAUAUGCAAUAAAAUGUUCACCGUGUAUAAGGAUGCUUCAAAAUUUGCAAAUGAAACCCUUGCACAAAGUACAUCAGAAAGUGAACAAUUAAUUGUCAAAAAUACAUCAACUAAACGUAAAAAGAAAAAUAACAAAGAAAUUGAUUUUAGUGAAUUAAGUAGUGAUGAAAAACAAUCAGAUAAUGAACUACCUCCAUUUCCAAAAUUUAAAAAAAAAGAUGUCACACAGCAGAACAAUAAUACAGAAUGUAGUAUAAUUGAAGAUAAUUUAAAUAUAGUAACAAAUGAAAACCAAAACAUUGUUGAAAACAACCAAGAUAUGCUCAUUAGUAAUGGUUUUAGCUGUUUAAUAAAUCAAAACUACAUCUCUUCAGAUGAAUCAUCAUUUACAGUUAUUGAUAACCAUGAUAUUAGUGUUGGUAAAGGGUUUGAAAAUUUAACAGCUAUGAUUGGUAACAAGGAUCAAAACUACAAUCUUUCAGGAGAAACAGUUAAUAAUCAAACAGACACCAUGCCAGAGAUUAACCUAAGUAAUGAUAUUGACUUUGGGAGUUUAGUGUCUUUAGCUCAAAAUAAUAAGCAGAAAACUCAUAUUUCUUCAGAAGUUGAAACACAGAUCUUAAGACAACUAAUCACAUUAAACGCUAGAUGCAAAGAACAGGGAGACUACCUUCAUACAAUCAUGAUGGUUGUUAACAGUAUACAAGAAAAACAAGAUAUUUUAUGUAAACAAAGUUCAUCUAUUGCAGUGUCAUCAACUACCAAUGAUGAAUUCGAAAAUACAUGUGCAAUGCUUCCAAUAGCAAAUGAGUUAACAUUAACAAAUUUCAAUGAGAUUUUGAUUAAUGACAGAACAUUAUAUGAUAAAAUGGUGAAAAUGUUGGCCAUGAUUGGUGGAUCUAAUUUCAGACAAUCAGUCAGACGCAUAUUAAGAAAAUUAAUAACAAAUGAGUAUGCUAAAUCUUUUAGUUAUACAGGACACAAAAACAACAAAACUGCUUUUAAUGGUACAAUCCUGGCAUCAUUACUUACAAAAGCUAUACAUUCAUCAGCAAAUUUAACUGAUAAAUCUAUUAAAGAAAUAGAAACAAUCGCAAGUAUUUGGCUGAGUAAAGCUAAUGAAAGAUCUAAAUAAAUAUAAUUGUCAUUUAUAAUUUAUAAUUAUCAUUUUCAUUAUUAUUAUUAUUAUAAAUAUGUUGUACCUAUUGGCAGUUAUGUCAUCCUACCGACUGCGCCAUGUUUUAUAUUACUAUUAUAUAUAUUAGGUAUAUUAUAACUUGUGAGAUUUAUUAAUUAUACAUUAAUCUAAAUAAGGUUUAUGUGAUAAUAUUGUUAUCAUUAUCAUAAUUAUUAUUAUUAUUAAGUAUGUUGU